GCGGGCGGCAGGCGCUGGGGGCCGCGCUCUGCGCUGCCGUCGCCAUGCGGGAACGGAGGUCGGUACCGGCCGCCCCGGCCCGCUGUAAGCUGGUGCUGGUGGGCGAUGUGCAGUGCGGCAAGACGGCCAUGCUGCAGGUGCUGGCUAAGGAUUGCUAUCCCGAGACGUACGUGCCCACCGUGUUUGAGAACUAUACGGCGUGUCUGGCCAGCGAGGAGCAGCGAGUGGAGCUGAGCCUAUGGGACACCUCCGGCUCUCCCUACUAUGACAACGUGCGGCCCCUCUGCUACAGCGACUCCGACGCUGUCCUGCUCUGCUUCGACAUCAGCCGACCGGAGACCCUCGACAGCGCGUCCAAGAAGUGGAAGACAGAGAUCCUGGACUACUGCCCCAACACGCGGGUGCUGCUCAUCGGCUGCAAGACAGACCUGAGGACAGACCUCAGCACCCUGAUGGAGCUGUCCCACCAGAAGCAAGCUCCCAUCUCCUACGAGCAGGGCUGCGCGGCCGCCAGGCAGCUGGGAGCGGAGAGCUACUUGGAGUGUUCUGCUUUCACCUCGGAGAAGAGCGUCCACAGCAUCUUCCGGACCGUGUCCGGGAUCUGCCUCAGCAAAGCUCCCCUGCAACCCCCCCGGAGCCCCCCCCGCAGCCUUUCCAAGAGACUCCUGCACCUGCCCAGCCGCUCCGAGCUCAUCUCCUCUGCCUUCAAGAAGGAAAAGGCGAAAAGCUGCUCCGUCAUGUGAAGGGAGACGCAGGAAUGCUGCUCCCCCUCCCCCCCGCCCCGACACACACACAAAGCCCUCAGCCCCCGCCCCGAGGCCUCUCCUGGCGUGGGGUUGGGGGAGCUGGACAGGGCUCUGCAGCCCCCUCCCCAGGGAAGAGAGGGGGGAGGCUGCCUGCUGCCUUCCCAUCGCACACUGAGCCCUGCCAGCCCCCACCCCUGGGGUGUAACCCCCCCACAGAGCUGCUGGGGUGAGGGGGGAGAGCCUGGGAGGGUGCUCGACAGCUGCUCCCUGCGUGGGGGCUUAUCCACGGACUCAUCUUGUCCCUCCACCUCA